AGCUGCAACAGUACAUAAAAAAAUUUCACCCUUUAAUUCAUCUUCUUUCUUCUUUCUUAUCCUAUCUCACAUUUUCUAGUUUUCAUUCAUCUUCAUUUUUUCUCAUUUUUAUUCAUCUCUAAUACAUGAAAAUUUCCAAGUGUUGUAUAAUACUAACGUAUAGUUGAAGGCAUGUUCAAAAAACCGCGUUAUCAUAACAGGAUUAACGUGUCAUCACAUAGUAUUAUACACUGCCAAAAUACCUGUAUGGUUGACAUGUUUUCAUAGUUGACUUCAAUAACAGACAAAAAAAAAUAUGCCAAAGUUGUGAUAAGAGUGUGUGUUUGUGGUACAUAAUAAGGCAUUCAUUUUUUUGUUUUGUUUCUUAGAACUCCACAAUUUUUUUUUUACAAGUUUACAUGUAUAUGCUUCCUUAAUUCAUAUCAUCAAUUAAAAUCCGAGUUAAGGGUUUUGUUGAUUAGAAAUCUAUGUGGAAGUUCAUGGCACUCUCUUCUGUAUUUCCUCUGUUUUUUCUUCAUUGCUCAUUGUUUGUAGCAUUGGUAUCUGGGUGUAAAACAUUGCAAGGGUCACCACCAGUGGUAAUAGCACGAGGCGGAUUUUCGGGGAUAUUUCCAGAUUCAAGUUUACCUUCCUAUAACUUGGCACUAAAAGCUACUUCCCCAAAUAUCACUCUAUGGUGUGACGUGCAACUGACAAAGGAUGGAGUUGGGAUUUGUUUUCCAGACAUCAAGUUGGACAAUGCAACCGACAUUUCCAUUGUUUAUCCUGGCAAAGCUAAGGAUUACUCAGUUAAUAAGGUUCCAACUCGCGGAUGGUUUUCCCUCGAUUUCAACUUUAAUGAACUAGCAAAUGUGUCGCUUGUUCAGGGAGUGUAUUCUCGAACGAAUAAGUUUGAUGGAAGCAACUAUCAUAUUUCCACGGUUGAAAACGUAGCUAAAUUAGUAAAAUCGCCAUCAACCGGCCUAUGGUUAAAUGUUCAGCAUGAUACAUUCUACAAACAUCACAAUUUGAGUGUAGAGAAAUUUCUAUUGUCUCUUUCUACUAAAGGAGUAUCAAUCAAUUACAUCUCAUCGCCUAACGUGGAUUUCUUAAGACGAGUAAGAUCAAAGUCCGUUUUUAAAAAAACCGUCACGAUCUUCAGGUUUCUAGAGCAAUAUAAGAUUGAACCUACAACCAACAAGACUUAUGGAGCACUUUUGAAAAACCUCAAAUUUAUCAGAACAUUUGCUUCUGGAAUUCUUGUUCCAAAAGGCUAUAUAUGGCCUGUAGACUCGCAACUUUAUCUGCAGCAACAUACCUUUCUUGUCUCAGAUGCUCAUAAACAAGGGCUUAAAGUUUUUGUUUCAGAUAUUGUUAAUGAUGUUCCCUUCAGCUACAAUUUCAGUUAUGAUCCUAUGGCUGAAUGUUUGUCUUUCAUCGACAAUGGUAACUUCUCUGUUGAUGGUAUUCUCUCUGAUUUUCCGGUAACUCCAUCUGCAGCCAUAAAUUGCUUUUCUGGUCUAGGAAGAAAUGCCAAAAAACAAGUGGAGACUUUGAUAAUUUCAAAAUAUGGAGCAAGCGGAGACUAUCCAGCUUGUACAGAUCUUGCAUAUAAGAAAGCAAAGUCAGAUGGAGCAGAUGUAAUUGAUUGUCCUGUUCAAAUCUCCAAGGAUGGAGUACCAUUUUGCUUAAGUUCUAUAGAUCUUUCGAAGAGUACAACAGUUUCUAAUACGAAAUUCAGAAAUCGUGCGGCUAUUAUUCCAGAGAUUCAAAAUGGCAGUGGCAUAUAUACAUUUAGUUUGACAUGGAAUGAAAUCAAAACAUUGACGCCGUCAAUAUUGAAACCUUUUGAGAAAUACCUAUUGUUCCGGAAUCCGAAAUUCAAAAAUCAAGGGAAAUUUGUUACCUUGUCUGAUUUUUUAUCCUUGGCUAAAGGCUCUGGCAUCUUGAUCAACAUAGAAAAUGCUGCCUACCUUGCAGAGAAGCGGGGACUAAGCGUAACCAAAGCAGUCCUUAAUACUCUAAAAAAAUCUGGUUAUGAUGAACAAAGAUCUCCUAAAGUUAUGAUUCAAUCAACACACAAAUCAGUACUAAAUAUAUUCAAGGAUAAAUCCAAAUAUGAAAGGGUUUACAAAGUUGGUGAGAAUAUUCGUGAUGCUGACAACAAAGCUAUCGAAGACAUAAAAACAUUCGCUGAUUCUGUUGUGGUACAAAAGGCUUCUGUUUUUACUCAAAGUGAAGCUUUUCUAGUAAACUCUACAAAUCUUGUAGCAAGGUUGCAAUCAUUUAAGCUACCAGUUUAUGUAGAAACUUUCAGCAACGAAUUUGUAUCUCAAGCAUGGGAUUACUACUCAGAUGCAUUUGUUGAGAUAAAUUCAUAUGUGGUUGGAGCUAAGGUUAAUGGCAUUAUUACCGACUUCCCUAAGACUGCUGUGAGAUACACGAAGAACAAGUGCUUAAAGCAUGGAAACAAAGCACCUUAUAUAAGCCCUAUUCAACCUGGAAAACUUUUAAAACAAGUUACUGAUUUUUAUCUUCCACCACCUUCCCCUCCACUCCCAGUUUUACAUGACAGUAAUGUUACUGAGCCACCUUUGCCAAGUGUUUCUAAAAAACUUCCAAUUUUCAGCGGUGCUCGUUGAAUAGUAGCAGCUGCAGCCACCAUCACAGUAUAAAGAAAGCAAACAGGAAACAAAGUUUAGCAUCCAUACAUGCCAUUUAACUUGAGAGCUCCAUUCUUUGAACUGGGGAAUUCAAGGAUUUCUUUCAUUGAGAAGUAUUUUACCUUAUUUUGAUUGUUCUAUUCUAUGAUGUGAUUAUCUAAAUAGCAUUAUUUCAUUGUCAAUAAAAUUCUUUUGGACUGUGGAGAUAAAAUUUUCCUUGCUUCUAUCAA